AAUAAUUGAACCCCGAAGUCGACUGAAUCCCGGCUUCAGUGUUCAGUUUAAUAAUUUAUUUUAUUAAUGCCGACACAUGAAAUGUUUUAGAAUCUCGAUUAUCAUUCUGAUUAUAUAAAAGCAGGACGAGUUGUAUUCAGUGUUCUCUAUUUUAUUAUAUUCCUGCCGUUAAUAACUCAUUGAAUCAUGUCUCAGGAAACCGUUCAGAUUCUCAUUGACAUGGGUUUCCCGAAAGAAAAAGCCGAAAAGAGUGUUACAAUGACGGGAAAUCAAGGGGUCGAACAUGCUAUGGAGUGGUUAUUGGCACACAAUGAUAAUGAAAUGGGACCAUCAACUUCUCAAGAAGGUUCUACUUCAAACACUAAGUCAGAUACGAAUUCCUCAUCUUCAACAGUAGCUAAAUCAUACAAAUGCGAAGACUGUAACAAAUUAUUUGCUGAUACUACUGCACUAGAAUAUCAUGCUAUGAAAUCAGGUCAUAGCAAUUUUGCAGAAUCAACAGAAGAAAAGAAACCGUUAACUGAAGAUGAAAAAAAAGAACAAAUGAAAAAACUGGAAGAACGUUUAAAGGAAAAGCGUAAGGAACGCGAAGCUAAAGAAAAAGAAGAAGAAUUAGAAAGAGAAAAAAUUCGAAUUCGCUCUGGAAAAGAGAUGGCUGCUGCUAAGAAAAAGCUUGAAGAUGAAAACAUAAAAAAAAUUAUGGAUGAAAGAAAACGUGAAAAACAAGAAGAAAAAGUUGCUCGUGAUCGAGUAAAAGCUCAAAUAGAAGCAGAUAAAUUAGCUAGGAAAAGAUUGUAUGGUCAAGCUCCAGCAGAAGGACAACCAAAACAAACUUUACCAGUGGCUGUGAGUCCUCAAAAACAAACAAAAGAUUAUACGGAAACAAAAUUACAGAUUCGUCUUACAAAUGGUCAAACGAUUGUCCAAACAUUUAAUGUUAAAGAAAUGAUGGCUGCUGUAAGAGUUUAUAUUGAACUAAAUCGUUCUGAUGGUGAUGCUCCUUUCUGUCUCAUGACUAGCUUUCCACGAAAAGUAUUUACUAGUGAUGAUUAUGAAAAACCACUUGAUCAAUUAGCAAAAGAGGAGUGUUCUCAUUUGAAAAGCAGAAGUUUGUAUCACCACAGGAUACUGCUUAAGUAAAAGAAGAAAUUGAAAGUUUGGUACCAAGUGCUGUUAUAAUAUUGACUAAGCCUCAACAAUGAAAUUAUUCAAAUUAAUAAUUAUUAUUUUUAUAAUAUCUAUCUUCUGAAAUUUUUAUAAUAAAUCAAGUUUUUUUUGUAAGCACAAUGAAACUGAUUGGUUAAUUGUUUACUCUAAUGUAUAAUAUGGAUUAAAAAAUAGUGUUUAAAGUAUAUUACCAUAAAGGUAAAUAAAGAUUUUCAUUUUUAAAGUUUGUUA